AAAGCUCGUCAUCAGCUGGUUGUUGUCAAAAAAAUAAAAGAGUUAAUUUUAUAUAACAAUUACAAUUAUUUAUAAUUAAAAAUGAUCCUAAAAAGUUGAUGAAACAAUUCAUUGUUGACAUAACAAAUAAUGUAGUGACUGCUGGUGUCUUCAUAGAAUUUGACACAACAAUGUGGCAAAUGUGACAUGACACUUGUCAUCAAUAACAUAAACAAACAGCUUUGUAAAAAAAAAAUAAAAUAAAACAAUAUAAAAUCUUUUAAAAAAAUUAAACAAACGUUACAUAAAUAAAAUAAAAUUAAAAAUUCAUGAUAUCUUAUCGCUAAAAUAAUGUCGAUGAUAGCAAAUGAAUGAUAAUCGUCAUGAAUAUUCCAUCAUCAUUAAGAAAUAAAAAGAAAAAAAUCAAACAGCUGUCUAUCUGGUUGUUUGAUACUCUUAUAUAUUUUUAACAAUAAUUCUAAAUAAUUAAAUAACAUUUUAUCAAAAAAAAAUGUAUUUAAACAUUUCAAAAUGUUUAAUAAAAAAGUCUUGCCUAGCCAUUUGUCGUCAACAAUCAACAAAUGUAUUUCCAAAAAAAAGAAUAAACAAGGUUUUAAUUGCAAAUCGUGGUGAAAUUGCAUGUAGAAUAUUUAAAACAGCAAAAAAACUUGGUGUUAAAACAGUUGCUGUUUACAGUGAUGCUGAUAAAAAUUCAAUGCACGUUAAUUUAGCAGAUGAAGCAUACUAUAUUGGUCCAUCAGCAUCAAACAGUAGUUAUUUAAGACAAGAUAAAAUAAUAACAAUUGCUAAAAAAUCACAAUGUCAGGCAAUUCAUCCUGGCUAUGGUUUUUUAUCUGAAAAUAUGGAAUUUGCUGAAUUAUGCCAGAGAGAAAAAAUUAUUUUCAUUGGACCACCAGCAAGUGCAAUAAGAGAUAUGGGAAUUAAAAGUACAUCAAAAGAAAUUAUGAGUAAUGCUGGUGUACCAAUUAUUGAAGGAUAUCAUUCAAGUGAUCAGUCAAAUCAUGUACUAUUAAAUGAGGCAAAAAAAAUUGGUUUUCCAGUUAUGAUUAAGGCAGUUAGAGGUGGUGGUGGUAAAGGAAUGCGUAUAGCAAAUGAAGAAAAAGAAUUUAUUGAAUCUCUAGAAUCAGCAAGAACAGAAUCACAAAAAUCAUUUGGUGAUUCUGAUGUACUUUUAGAAAAAUAUGUUAAAAAUCCAAGACACAUUGAGGUACAAAUAUUUACUGAUAUGCAUGAUAAUGCUGUUUAUUUAUUUGAAAGAGAUUGUUCAAUACAAAGACGUCAUCAAAAAGUAAUUGAAGAAGCACCAGCACCAGGUUUAACUGAUAAAAUACGUUGUGAAAUUGGUGAAGCUGCUGUUAAAGCAGCAAAAGCUGUUAAUUAUAUUGGUGCUGGUACUGUUGAAUUUAUAUUUGAUAAAAAUAAUAAUAAAUUUUAUUUUAUGGAAAUGAAUACACGUUUACAAGUUGAACAUCCAGUAACUGAAGCAAUAACUGGUCUUGAUUUAGUUGAAUGGCAAAUUAAUAUUGCUGCUGGUGAAAAAUUACCAUUGCAACAAAAUGAUAUUAAAAUAAAUGGACAUGCAUUUGAAGCAAGAAUAUAUGCUGAAGAUCCACGUAAUGGAUUUUUACCAAGAGCUGGACCAUUGUUACAUUUAAAAGCACCAGAAUCAUCAAAUAAUGUUAGAAUUGAGACUGGAGUUAGACAAGGUGAUGAUGUAACUGUUUAUUAUGAUCCAAUGAUUGCUAAAUUAGUUGUUUGGGGUAAUAAUCGUGAACAAGCACUUGGUAUAAUGCAACAAAAAUUAUCAGAUUAUCAUAUUGCUGGUGUUGAAACAAAUAUUGAAUUUAUCAAGGAUCUUUGUAGACAUGAAAAAUUUAAAUCUGGUGAUGUACAUACUGGAUUUAUUGAUGAAAAUUUAGAUGCAUUAUUUCCCAAGCUAUAUGUACCACAUGGUGUAUUAUCAGAAGCAAUUUUAGGAUUAAUAUUAAUUGCUGAUUAUCAUUCAAUAAAAUCUGGAAUUAAUACUCAAUAUCCAUUAAAUCCAUUUAGAACUGAACUUGGAUUUAGACUUAAUCAUAAGCUAAUUAAAAAAUUUGAAUUAUUAUUUAAUGAUGAAAAAUAUAUUGUUGUUGUUAAAUAUGAAAAACCAGAUUUAUUUAUGAUGAGAAUAAAUGAUCUUGGUCCAUGGAAAGAAGUUAGUGGUAAAUUGUCACCAAAUGAUGAUAAUAGUUUUGAGCUAGAAACUGAAAUUGAUCAAAUUAUUAAAAAAUCAAAAAUAUUUAAAACAAAUAAUGAUAUUCAUGUGUUUACAAAUGAUCGUUCAUGGCAUUUAAAAAUUCCUGAACCAGAUUAUAUUAAAAUUUUAAAAAAUCAAGAUAAAAAUGGAAUUGGAGCUGCUGUUAGUCCUAUGCCUGGAAUCGUUGAUAAAAUAUUUGUUAAAAAAAAUGCCCAUGUUAAUAAAGGAGAUUCAUUGAUUGUCAUUGUUGCUAUGAAAAUGGAACAUGUUAUAAAAGCACCAGCAAGUGGAAUUGUUGAUGAUAUUAUGUGUAGUGUUGGUGAUACUGUACCAAAAGAUAAACUACUAAUUAAAAUAACUGAUAAUGAUAAAUAAAUCAUUGCUGUUAAUUACAUUGUUAAAGAAAUUUUAUAUUGUAUUUUAUAAAAGUUUAUAAAUUUUAUUAUUUAAAUGACAUUUAAUUGUUUUCCAAUUUCAAUAAAUGCAUCAACAGCAUGAUCAAUAUCUUCAGCUGUAUGAACAGCACUGAGUUGUACACGAAUUCUUGCUUUACCUUUUGGAACAACUGGAUAACUAAAUCCAAUAACAUAAAUGUCUUUUUCUAAAAAUAAAAAAUAAUUUUUUAAUUACUUAUUGAUAAAAA